UGGGGGAGGUUUCACGUGUUUCUCGAUUUGUUUACAAUUUUUCCUUUCAAAAUGAAGCCAUUUGAAGUGCCUCCCUGGGAGGCAGGAGCAGAGAUUGUCGAAUUCAAGCCUGUGAAUCCAUCAGGAAAUGGAGUCGCCGCCGCCAAGAAGCCAAAGAAGAAGAAACCCAGGCGGAAAAAGGCAGCGGAGGCCUCAGAAGAAUCCAGAUUAAGCAAGACACCUGGAAAAUUCAGCUACCGGCAGGGCGGAGGACCUCUGGCCCCGCCCCCUGCCUCCUCGGAUGAUGAUGAUGACGACGAUGUGGAGGAUGGCAUCCGGGCCAUGCACAAGGUGAAGUCCGGAAGAAUCGAGAAGCAGCGACCACCAACGCAGGCCACAAAGGGCGGAAAAAAGGAACUCAAGCUGAAACCGGAACUGGCUCAGGCGGCCGUGGAGGCCAUGGAGGCCACCAGCUCACCCACGCCGGCUGCCAACUCGCUGGCCAGCAAGCUGCAGUCGGAGCUCCUGGGCGGACGGUUCCGGUACAUAAACGAGCAACUCUACUCGGUGACCAGUCGCAAGGCGGAGGCCCUCUUCCGCAAGGACAGCUCCGCCUUCGAGGCCUACCACGCUGGCUACCGUCAGCAGGUGGAGAAGUGGCCAACCAAUCCACUCAACCGCAUCAUCAAGACCAUCAAGAAGGUGCCCAAGACGGCCAUUAUCGGGGACUUUGGCUGUGGCGAGGGCAAACUGGCCCAGUCCGUGCCGAAUAAGGUGUACUCCAUGGAUUUGGUGGCUGCUCGUGGCGACAUCAUUGCCUGCAACAUCACCGAUACCCCGCUCCAAGCUCAAUCUCUGGACGUGGCCGUGUACUGUCUCUCUCUGAUGGGCACCGAUCUGAACGAGUUCUUCCUGGAGGCCAAUCGGCUGCUCAAGCUGCACGGCAGUGUCUAUAUAGCGGAGAUCCAGUCGCGUUUCGAGGAUGUGCGGGAGUUUGUGCGCUGCCUGAGUGCCUGUGGUUUCGACCUGAUCAAGAAAGAUGUGGCUGUUAACUAUUUCUACUUCUUCCAAUUCAAGAAGAUGCGCCAUGUGCCCAAGGGCACCAAGCUGAAGGCUUUCUCCCUGAAGCCUUGUUUGUAUCGCAAACGAUAAGGGGCUAGAAAUGAUGACCU